AUGAUAUCUGGAAAUAUUGGCAGGAUAAGAGACGUGGCUGCCCAUUACACUCGCCAUACGAGUGCUGCAGUCACAGAAGCAGAUGAAGUAUUCGCUUGGGGUAAAUUCAAUGGCCAAAGAAACUCAAGUCCGACAAAAACCUCAUUCACAUCACUGGAUGAAGUUUUUGCGAAAAUUCGAAAUGGCACCGUUACAUUCCAACCAUUACGUACAAACCUUGAUGAUGAGCCAAUAGAGGAAAAGAACACUGAAAACGAAAGUCACGAAUGGGAAUGGCUCAAGAAACAUUUUGAUGACGCCGAAUCUGCUGACGUUGUUUUCGUGGUCGAGGGAAAGAAAAUCCACGCGCACAAAACAAUUUUGUUAAUGCGAUGCGCCGUCUUUAAGAUAAUGUUCCAGGGCAAUUGGAAAGAGAGCAACGAAAGAGAGCAAAUCAUCGAGCCUCACAGCUACGAUGCGUUUUUCGCCUUUUUGAAAUACUUCUACACCAACGAGGUUGAUUUGCAACCAGAUUUGGCUCUGGAGCUAUUCGCCUUGGCCCACUUCUAUCAAAUGACUGAUCUGCAAAAGGAGUGCCUGAAAAUUAUCAAAAGAGGCGUGACCAUGGAAAACGCUGCAUCGAUUUACGAUAAAGCAAUUCUGCUUGCUGCCGAGGAACUCAAGGAUUUCGUUUUCAAGUUCUGCAUGGAGCAUUUGACUGCUGUAAUGAACAGUGAUGGCUUCAAGCUCUUGAGUGGUGAUGUCGUGAAAGAUUUCGUCCUUCAUGCUGUUCAAGAAGGAGCGUUUAAAAAAUGA